CUUGUCCAUCAAAACCCUUACAACUAAAAAUGGAAUACAACAAUAUUGUUGCUACUACUUCAGAAAGGCUAGACAGGAAAACACAGGAAAAAAAUAGAAGAAUACAAAUGAAGUAUCUUUCUUCUAAACUUUUUUCUCUCAUUCCUCCACACCAUUCUAAGGAGGUACUGACACAAGAAGACAAAAUUGAUCAAACCAUUAGUUACAUUGAGGAAUUAAAAGAAAGAGUAGCUGUAUUAAAGAAAAGGAAGGAAAAGCUAGCACAAGGGAAGGGUGAUCAUUCAAAGAAAUUCAUGCCUGCAACAGCUUAUACUUCUAUAAAAACACCUAUGGUUGAAGUUAGAGAGUUGGGUUCAACUCUAGAGGUGAUUUCAACUUGUGGUUUACAAAAGAACUUCACAUUGCAAGAGGUUAUAAAAAUCAUAGAGGAAGAAGGAGCUCAAGUUGUUACCGCUAAUUAUUCAACAACUGGAGAUACAAUUUAUUAUACGAUCCAUGCUCAGGUGAAAAUUACGAGAUUAGGGGUAGAUGCAUCAAGGGUCCAUUUGAGAUUACAAAUGUUGGUGUCCUAA